CCACUUCCCGCCCGUCAGUCCUUCACGGUGCCCGAAUCGCCCGCUGGUUUAAGUGCAGCCUGUCAAUCAGAGCCGCUCUCGAGGCCCCGCCCAAGGCCGUGCUGCGUUUCUCCUUACGUCACUUCCUCUCCAGCCCCUGCGUAAUCGAUAAGGAAACCCGGACGCUGCUGCAGCUUUCUUUUUUUCAGGCGGCCGGGAAGAUGGCGGACAUUCAGACUGAGCGUGCCUACCAAAAGCAGCCGACCAUCUUUCAAAACAAGAAGAGGGUCCUGCUGGGAGAAACUGGCAAGGAGAAGCUCCCGCGGUACUACAAGAACAUCGGUCUGGGCUUCAAGACACCCAAGGAGGCUAUUGAGGGCACCUACAUUGACAAGAAAUGCCCCUUCACUGGUAAUGUGUCCAUUCGAGGGCGGAUCCUCUCUGGCGUGGUGACCAAGAUGAAGAUGCAGAGGACCAUUGUCAUCCGCCGAGACUAUCUGCACUACAUCCGCAAGUACAACCGCUUCGAGAAGCGCCACAAGAACAUGUCUGUACACCUGUCCCCCUGCUUCAGGGACGUCCAGAUCGGUGACAUCGUCACAGUGGGUGAGUGCCGGCCUCUGAGCAAGACAGUGCGCUUCAACGUGCUCAAGGUCACCAAGGCUGCCGGCACCAAGAAGCAGUUCCAGAAGUUCUGAGGCUGGACAUCGGCCCGCUCCCCACAAUGAAAUAAAGUUAUUUUCUCAUUCCCA